CACUUUUUUAUUUAUUUAUUUACACAGGACGCCAGACUGGCACCCAGGCAACACGCAUGCGCAGUCGACUCCUUCCCAAGCUUCCGUUUCUUCUUCUUCUCGAGAGAGAACAUCCCGUGGAACGAUGAAGCCUCGAAGAAUACACGAGCGCCCCGAAAGGCUUUCUUGCGCAUGCCCGAUCCUCUUCGUCGUAGCAACGCUAUGUGCGUAGCGAGAUCUUAAUACCGCGGGAAAGGACGGCCUCGCUGCGCCUGCGCGUAAGUCAGGCAGCCUGUCAUCUCCCGUCAUGUUUUUUUUUCCCGCCAUCGAUCUUGGCGGCGUUGUUGCCCCGGCUGAUGCUUCCGUUUUCCAGAGGUGGCUGAGAUUCUAGGAAAGCCCGUGAGUCUAAGAGGAAGGAGGCGAGAACUCGGUGCAGGAAGCAAGGGGAGGAAGAUGAUGGCUGCAUGUUGAGAUGGACUAAUAGGGCUACUUCCUUGGAAAAUGCUUGAAAUUGAGAACACUCAUCUGGAACACUUCUAACCUUCCGGAUAUAAGCAAUAUAUGGAAGAUAACACAUAAGCACAUGAUGGAAGAUAACAAAGAAAAGGAGCAACUUACAACAGCAGCUGAAAAAUGUCUCAAGAAAGAAGAGACUGAGGCUGUUGCAGAAAGUCUAACUCAUUAUAAAGACAUUGAAGCAACUUCGUCUUCAUCAUGUCACUUGUGUCUCAAAGCACUUCCAGAAGGAUGGGAAAAGAUAAUGAAGAAAAGGCAGACUGGCAAAACAGCAGGAAAAUAUGAUGUAUAUUUUGUUAGUCCUCAAGGAACAAAGCUGAGAUCCAGACGAGCCCUUUUAGAAUACUUCAGAAAGAACAGAGAAACUGUUCUUAAAUUAGAGGAUUUUGAUUUUUCUGUCUCUGUUCCAAAGAGGAUACAAACAGCCAAUUGUUGUAGAAUCAGGACUGUGGAGUCAGAAGCACAGAGCUGUACCUCUGACAGCCAGAAUCAAGAACGUAGGCUGCAAACUGGUGAAGUAGAAGAUAUCUCUCCACAAAAUCAAUUUUUGAAAUUUCGAAUCAGGGUUGGAAAGCGGGACAAGACUUCCGUUUCUUUGCAGAGUGAGUCCGCUACAGAUGCUGUCUCAGAGGACUGUCAUUUGAAAGCCAAGGAAAACGAUAGAGUUGCCCAAACGGUUCAGAUUAAGAAAGCCAGAAGUCAUUCAGAAAUUAGGAAUUUGAAUGAUGACCAAAAGAGAAAACAGGGAAUACCAUCAAAUAAAAAACAAGGGGUUGGAUGCGUUAAAAAUUCCAGACGAAAGACUGACUUACAUGCCCUUAAUAGUGAUAAUAUAUGUGGUGGCAAAGUGUGCCAGAAAGGCUCAAGGAAAAGAAAAACAGACCGGAAGGAUGAACUGCUGUUUUCGCAGCCCAAACUGGAGCCACAUGUUCCAUCAGGUACAGAUGUCUUGGAACACAAGUCAGGCACAGAAAACUUAAGAAGUGGCGAAGUUCUCAGCAGGAGAGUUACUGUAGCACUUGAUGCAAACCUUUCAAAAUCUGAAAUGGAGAGAAAUGGGCUGCCUUCAGAAAACCAGGGUUUGAAAAUUGCUCCCAGUGUGGAUGUUAAUGUUCCACAGCUGUGUGAUGAGAGAUGUUUUACUUCAUUAAAAGAGAAACGUAUUCAAAGAACUCAAAUGGAAAGAAGGAAAACUAGUCCAUAUUUUUCCAGUAAAUUCACCAAAGAAGCUCCAAGCCCACCUAGAAGAAAGGCUUUUAAGAAAUGGAUUCCACCUCGCUCUCCUUUUAAUUUGGUCCAAGAAACAUUGUUCCAUGAUCCAUGGAAGCUACUAAUUGCAACAAUAUUUCUGAAUAAGACCUCAGGAAAAAUGGCCAUUCCGGUCCUGUGGGAAUUUUUAAAGAAAUAUCCUUCAGCUACAGUGGCGAGAACUGCUGACUGGAAGGAAAUGUCAGAGCUACUUAAACCCCUUGGCUUGUAUGAACUCAGAGCGAAGACCAUCAUCAAAUUUUCAGAUGAAUAUUUGGUCAAACAAUGGAAAUAUCCUAUUGAGUUGCAUGGGAUCGGGAAAUAUGGAAAUGACUCUUACAGGAUCUUCUGUGUCAAUGAGUGGAAAGAGGUUCAACCACAAGACCAUAAGCUGAAUGUAUAUCAUACUUGGCUUCAGGAGAACUAUGAGAAACUGGAUCAUAAUAAUUAGCACUGCAUGCACAUGCCUUACUGUCUUUUAAAAAUCUGGCAGAUGCUAGUGUCCCUUUUAGUUACUAUAAAAUGAAACCAGUAUUUUUAUAUACAUGAUAGCGCACUCUGGACAUUUUAUUAAAUAAUAUUUGUAUAUAAUGUUGUUCAAAAGCUGUAAUUAAAGUCAACUAAGAACUUUUAAUAUAAUGGCUUCUAAAUUGUUCAUUAUGAUGUAUUAAUAAUAUAUUGUUCAUUAAUAAUGCAUUAAUAAUACAAAUCUUAGUGGUACAUAGAUGUGGAAUUGAUGCAGUUAAAUAUAGCAUUUUCCAAAGUCCUUGUAAGGAGGUACUGGAGGUACACAUCAAACUGGACUUCACUGUUUCGUUAAGUGCUGCCAUUUAACCUCUCCUAUUAAAAUACCUUUCUAAGGAGCACGUUACUUAUUUAAAUGCCUGCUUGAAAAGACAGACCUUUGCCUGACAAGUACAAAUCCCAUUGUCCCUGAUACUUGGCCAUGUUGGCUGAUAGUUCUGAGUCCAAAGCAGCUGGUCAGGCAAAGAUUCUUCCCAUCUCCGUAGGGAGCGCCUUUAUUCCACCAACAGGUUUCAGCCAACCUAAACUAGUGUUUCUGUUUAAAGGUUGGUUAUGGCUAGGAUUCUGUUCAUGUUAGCUGCUGAAAAACUCUUCUAUAGCUCAAAACUGCUAGACUACUGAUAAUGUUGAGAGGAAAUGAUUUCCUAUACAAAGUGUCAACAGUUACCUUCAUUCUCUUUCCACACAUUUAGUCCAAACUUUUACUGACAACUGGGAAUAAUUUGGCAUGACCCUGUCACAUUCUCAGGGGAUUCAGCAGGUGAAAGUCCGAUAAGCCAGUCCAAUGUCAGAAGUCCGGGAGAUCAAAACAGAUGCUGAAUUGUCAAAACCAAAACACAAACCGUAGUCCAAAGUCCGAGUGCCAAGGGUCAGGAGAGCAAGGUCGUUCAGGAUAAACCAGAGUGUGGACGCAAGCCAGGGAAUUGACUUGAUGUUUCUAUGAGAAGCAUGCCAGCUUCAGAUCUACCUGUUGUAAGUUUCUGCUGGAGCCUAUCCCUAACUCUGAGGGGAGGGAGGGAGGAUAAAUUGACAGUGAUUCAUUACUGAUUGCAGCUGUCUGUGAUAACAGAGGGCCUCCAAUUCCACUAAUUGCCGCCCACUUCCCUGGGCUGCAAUUAACUCAUCCAAUUCCAGGUCUUCUUCAGCUGAACUCAUGACAGACCCCUUGAAACCAAUCCUAUAACUUAAAUUUUCUGUAAGUACCAUGUUCUCAUAUUUUUAAUGAUGUGCAUUGUCUAAGAUCAGGACUUAGCAAAGUGUGUUCUAGAAUGUAAGG